AUGAAACAAAUUGAUAGGAAACAAAUUGAUGGGAAACAAACUGAUAGGAAACAAACUGUUAGGAAACAAAUUGAUAGGAAACAAAUUGAUAGGAAACAAAUUGAUGGGAAACAAACUGAUACGAAACAAAUUGAUAGGAAACAAAUUGAUGGGAAACAAACUGAUAGGAAACAAAUUGAUGGGAAACAAACUGAUAGGAAACAAACUGAUACGAAACAAACUGAUAGGAAACAAACUGAUAGGAAACAAAUUGAUAGGAAACAAAUUGAUAGGAAACAAAUUGAUAGGAAAGAAAUUGAUGGGAAACAAACUGAUAUGAAACAAAUUGAUGGGAAACAAAUUGAUGGGAAACAAACUGAUAGGAAACAAAUUGGUAGGAAACAAACUGAUAGGAAACAAACUGAUAGGAAACAAAUUGAUGGGAAACAAACUGAUAGGAAACAAACUGAUAGGAAACAAAUUGAAAGGAAACAAAUUGAUAGGAAACAAAUUGAUGGGAAACAACUGAUAGGAAACAAAUUGAUGGGAAACAAACUGAUAGGAAACAAACUGAUAGGAAACAAAUUGAUCGGAAAGAAAUUGAUGGCAAACAAACUUAUACGAAACAAAUUUAUAGGAAACAAAUUGAUGGGAAACAAACUGAUAGGAAACAAACUGAAACAAAUUGAUGGGAAACAAACUGAUAGGAAACAAACUGAUACGAAACAAACUGAUAGGAAACAAACUGAUAGGAAACAAAUUGAUAGGAAACAAAUUGAUGGGAAACAAACUGAUAGGAAACAAAUUGAUGGGAAACAAACUGAUAGGAAACAAACUGAUACGAAACAAACUGAUAGGAAACAAACUGAUAGGAAACAAAUUGAUAGGAAACAAAAUGAUAGGAAACAAAUUGAUAGGAAAGAAAUUGAUGGGAAACAAACUGAUAGGAAACAAAUUGGUAGGAAACAAAUUGAUAGGAAACAAACUGAUAGGAAACAAAUUGAUGGGAAACAAACUGAUAGGAAACAAAUUGAUAGGAAACAAACUGAUAGGAAACAAACUGAUAGGAAACAAAUUGAUGGGAAACAAACUGAUAGAAAACAAAUUGAUAGGAAACAAAUUGAUAGGAAACAAAUUGAUGGGAAACAAACUGAUAGGAAACAAAUUGAUAGGAAACAAACUGAUAGGAAACAAAUUGAUAGGAAACAAAUUGAUGGGAAACAAACUGAUAGGAAACUAACUGAUAGGAAACAAACUGAUAGGAAACAAACUAAUAGGAAACAAAUUGAUGGGAAACAAACUGAUAGGAAACAAACUGAUAGGAAACAAAUUGAUGGGAAACAAACUGAUAGGAAACAAAUUGAUGGGAAACAAAUUGAUGGGAAACAAACUGAUGGGAAACAAACUGAUGGGAAACAAACUGAUAGGAAACAAACUGAUAGGAAACAAACUGAUAGGAAAAAAAUUGAUAGGAAACAAACUGAUGGGAAACAAACUGAUAGGAAACAAACUAAUAGGAAACAAAUUGAUGGGAAACAAACUGAUAGGAAACAAACUGAUAGGAAACAAAUUGAUGGGAAACAAACUGAUAGGAAUCAAAUUGAUGGGAAACAAAUUGAUGGGAAACAAACUGAUGGGAAACAAACUGAUGGGAAACAAACUGAUGGGAAACAAAUUGAUAGGAAACAAACUGAUGGGAAACAAAUUGAUGAGAAACAAACUGAUGGGAACCAAAACUAA